AUGGCGACGCUCUCACAGGCCAGACUUGCCGGAUGGGCUUCACGUUGGCUAACAGACGAACUCGUCGCACUCUCUAAAGCGGGUAAUUGGGAAAGCGCCAUGGCCACAUUGACGCAACUGCAACAGGCAAACAUAGUGCAGAGCAAUGUGUUUCACUACACCACCGUUAUUAGUGCUUGUGGCCGCGCAGGGAAGUGGGAGGCGGCGAUGUCUGUCUUCACACGCAUGGUGAAGAGCGAUGUGAAACCUAAUGUUUACACUUACACCGCCCUUAUUAGCGCAUGUGCCGCUGCACAGAAGCCGGACGUUGCGCUACGGAUGUAUGCUCACAUGAGGCUGGCAGAUGUUGCCCCGAAUGUGCGGACAAUGACGGCGUUGGUGACUGCGUGUGCCCGUGCUGGGCAAUGGGAGAGGGCUAUAAAAAUUUUGCGGGAGUGCGAUGAGCUUUGCAUCGCACCCAAUGUCUUUACAUACACCGCUGCAAUCGAGGGGUGUCAUCGUGCGGCGGCCUGGAAACCCGCGGUGGAGCUUCUUAAUGAGAUGCGCAACCCGCUAAAUGUUCGUCCAAACGAGGUCACAUACAAUACCGUGCUCGGUGCUUGUGCCGCGGCCUCCGCCUAUGCGCCGGCGCUGAAGGUGUAUGCAGCUAUGGUAAGUGACGGGUAUAUGCCAGUGUUGUAUACAAAGACACUUUUGACGGAGCUGUUUAAGAACACCGCCCUGGACGGGCUAGCGGAUGACUUGGAGGUGCGCAAGAGUAAGUGGCGCGAGGCAAAUGCGCCAGAUUCAGAUCCUGCUGCCAUCUCGGAGCUGGUCCGUGAAGAGGAGGCCGAAGAAGCGCAUGACACUGCGGCAGCAAAGGACACUCACGACUGCAACGAUGCUGCGGAAGCGAAAGGAGAGUAG